AUGGCUUCUUCGGCGCAGUCUCCCUCGCCGGUACGAGCUCCGCCGCACGUAUUGGCUCUCCUGGAUCGACUGCACGCGGCGUCUCGCACGCAGGAAGACGCGAUCCAACCCGCAGAAGUCGAGACGCAGGGGUUCGACAACUACAUGAGGGACAAGUUCAUCGCGCUGGACCGCGACAAGGCCGAGUUCGUGUACCAGCUUUGCGGGGCCAUCAAUGCCAAAAACGUCGUCGAGGCCGGCACCAGCUUCGGGGUUAGCACCAUCUACCUCGCGCUCGCCGUGUCGGCGAAUGUCAAGAAUGAUGCCGCGGGAGGAAAAGGAGUGGUCAUCGCGACCGAGUACGAGAAAGCAAAGGCCGACAAGGCCCGUCAGCACUGGAAGGAGGUAGGGGAGGAUAUCACGGGCUGCAUUGAGCUGCGCGAGGGCGACAUUCGCGAGACCCUCAAGAAGGAUUUACCCGAGAUCGACCUGCUUUUGUUGGACAUCUGGACUCCUAUGGCCUUGCCCGUCCUCAAACUGUGCGUGCCCAAAAUGCGGCGCGGCGCCGUGGUCAUCGCUGACAACACCAUCGGAUCCGCCGACAAGUACAAGGACAUGCUGGAGUACAUGCGCGACCCUGGCAGUGGGUUCAGGAAUUUGACCCUGCCGUACACGAAUGGGCUGGAGAUGAGUGUCUACAUGCCGUAG